GGUUUGCUUGUUUUCAUUGCCACAUUAAUGUAGUCAACGGGAUUUCCGUUACCGAUUAUUAUCAACUGCCGAAGAUAAAAGAGCCGUGUUGUUCCAGUCCGAGAACUAAAUCUUCAUAAUAAGCCAGCACUUUAUACUAUUUUGACGAGUCUCGAACCUCGACUUCCAACCAUUCAUUGGCUUCACCUUUCAUCACCUGUUUCGAGCAUCCUUCUAUCAACAUGAGCAACGAUCAAAGAGAACGAUGUGAGAAGAUCUCUCCCGACUGCCCCCUCGAAGACACCAUCUACGGCUAUGUCCCUAACAUGGGCGGCAACGCCUUCUUCGGCGUCGUCUUCGGUAUCUGCACUCUCGUCCAAGUCUACUUCCUCAUCCGCUACUGGCGUCUCUGGAAAGGCUAUACCAUCCUCGUCCUCCUCGGCAGCCUGAUCGAAUGCUGCGGCUACGCCGGCCGAAUUCUCAUGUCGAAGAACCCGUGGGACGGUGCAGCUACAUCCAUUCAGUUCGUGCUUCUCAUGGUCGGCCCAUCGUUCCUUGCUGCAGCACUGUACAUGACGCUUCGAGCUUUGGUGCAGUACUUUGGGGAGCAGUAUACCAAGCUUCCGGCGAGGCUUUGGACAUGGCCGUUCGUUACUGCUGAUAUGCUGGGGUUCUUCUCGCAGUGCGUUGGUGGUGUUAUGGCGUCGAUGACGGAGAAGUAUCCUGCUGUUGGAACUGCUGGUAGGGUAGUCAUGGUGUUUGGCGUAUCAUUCCAGGCUGUCGUCAUGGCUAUUGCAGGUAUUCUUGCUACCGACUUUGCUUUGCGUAUGCGUCAACAACGGGGAAGUGUCUUCAGGAAUCUGCCUAAAGACCUUAACAUCUUUCUGAUCUCUCUGACGGUUGUAUUCCUUCUCAUUCUCACCCGUUGUAUCUACCGUAUCCCCGAGUUGGCUGGCGGCGUUGGUGGUCAUAUGAUGCGACAAGAGGUUGAGUUCAUGAUCCUUGAUGGCUGUAUGAUCGCCAUUUCCGUUCUUCUGCUCUCCGUCACCCAUCCCGGUAUCUACGCCACCGCUAUUCAUGGCCGGGCCGACCAUCGAUCCAAGUCAGUCAGACUCAUGGAUCUUGAAUCAAGAGCAUCUCGAGACGGAUCUCGCAGAGCACCUUCAGACAGAUCACGCAGAGGACAUUCAAACAGAUCACACAGAUCACCGUUAGGCCGAUACGAACCACGACGGGAGCAUCGACUUGAGCCUUCCGACUACAAAGUCAGCGGAGAUGUUGCAGCGAAUACGAGUGCCAUGGCAAUGAGAGGAUAUGGUAAUAAAUAGUGACAGUUAUACAACACAGCCAGUGGUGGUUGCAAUUUGGUGUUCUGAAAGUCUCUCCUAUGUCUACUGUUCUAUUUGUGAUGGAUCUUGCGAGAGUGUUGUAGCUUGUCUUUUUGCGAAGGGAUGCACCGUCUAAUGCUGCAGCUUGCGGUAUGACCACGGAUCUAUUGGUGUAGUUGUGGACGUGCGUUUGGUCGGAAUGGCGUUGAUAAAAGACUUCUCUUGUUGGUGCGGGAGCUGCCAUCUUGAAGAUCUGGGGUUUUUGUGGUGUUGAGCUAACCUUUCUUGGCCGAGGAAUUGGAGCAUCUUAUAUGCCUUCAAGGCCGGUCAAAGAGUCAUAAUCUAGGUUUUCCUCAUAUCAGCUUUAUGCUGUAGCAAUUGGUCAGGCAUUGUGGUAUAAUGUCUAAGUUGUGAGCCAGAUGUGUUAUUUGCCGUUGAGACUUGUGGCUGAGAGCCUAUAUCAGCACAUAGAACUUAGCGAUGGAUCUUGUCUUUUAUUAUGUAAUUCAUGGUUGUUUUAGAGAUAGAUAUAUAUAUCAGGGUUGUCAUUAGACUGUCAUUGUUUCAUUUAUGCACCGUAAUACCGUUUGGUCCU